AUGUCCAAACCCACGGCUCCUCCAACGAACCUCACGCCGCAGUUCUGUUUUAACACCCGGGUUCUACGAGACUUUCUCCGCCUCUCACGCGCAAGUAUAGAUGACAGCAUAUCCACCAAUUUAAAUGCAUUAAUCACGCCCUCUACAACAUCGCCCUUCGACCCUACUUCAACAUCAGUCCGUAAUCCAUCGUUACCAUCCUCACUCACCCGCGCACCCAUACCUCGAGAAACGAGUCGGACCUUUCUAUAUUCUGUCCUAUUUCCAUCGUGGAACGUCAGAUCGGAUGUGAUAUCUUAUUGCACUAGUGUUGCCACGAGUCCAGAUCCAAACGACCCUGAUCUCAUCGAGCGAGAAGCCUCGAACAGGCGAGAUGCCGAGCGGAUAGUAAACGAGCGCCUUGACCCCUACUCAGGAAGAUUCUUCCCUAGAGAGUCGAGGGCGGAGAUGCUGGCAGGCGUGCUGAGGAAUGAGAACGCGGUGGAGAAGAUCAUAAGAACGAGGACGUGGGGGAUCGUACAAGAAAGAUGUGAAGGUGUUGAGGAAGGGACAUGGGAGGAGGCAGUAAACAAAUGGAGCGAAGGAAAG